AUGAUGCAUCCCAACAUCAUUAACAUUUAUGACUACUUCAAUGAAAAAAAUUAUUAUGUACUUGUUCUCAAAUUCUGCGAAAAUGGAAGUCUUGAAGAUUAUUUGAUACAAAAUGAAAACAUCCCAGAGUCAAAGCUUAUGGAAUGGGCCAAACAGAUUUUAGGCGCCCUUAGCUACAUGCACCAGAACAAUGCUAGUCACCAUGACAUCAAGCCAUCAAAUAUAUUGAUCGACUCAUUUGGAAGAAUUAAACUAGCUGAUUUCGGAAUCGCCCAAUUUCUCCAGAAGAACGAAAAAUCAAUGAUAUACGGAGGCUCCGUUGCAUUCAUAGCCCCAGAACAAUUCCUGAAAGUCCCAUAUGAUUCAUUCAAGGCAGACGCUUGGUCAUUCGGAGUCACAUUAUACAUGUUAAGAUUCCACGGCAGACUCCCAUUCUUCGGAAACAACAUGAUGGAGAUACAUAGCCUCAUGUCCAAGGGAUUCUUCGAAAUACCUGACCACUGCUCAUAUGAAUUUAGACAGAUUUUUAACCAUGCACUUGAUCCAAAUGUCGAAACAAGAUGGUCGGUUUCCCAGUUACUAGACUAUGUAUGCAAGACUUCAAGUGGUGUUACAAAACACUGCGUUCCAAACCGUUCAAGAUCUCUAAUCAACGGUAGAUCUUCAUCUCUUCCAAGAUAUGAAGGACAUCUUAAUAUGAUGCCAAGCAUUAUUGUUCCUAGUAUUCCAAGAAAGAUUCCAAGAUUAUUAUCUAAUUAA